AAAGAGAGAAAGAAAACACACAUAUAGGUUAGCAGCGGUAACGCUAUAAAUGCAGUCGCGAUUAGUAGCCCACGCAACAGUUCCAGUUGCAGAGCCGGAAGUUAAGAGGUCGAGCAAUGUUCUACCCAGCGUGUAGGUUGAUCCUGUUAGCUGUCUGCCUGCUGUCGACAGGUUUAAGUGAGGAUCGUUUAACAUUCGCAGCAGCAUUGCCUAGUGUCAAAUCCAUUCAAAAGUAUGGACAACAUGUGUGCAAUGCUGUUGAGAUUGCGAGUGAAUUGUUCGUUACAUCUGCUGCUUGUUUAGUCUCAAGUAAGCCAUCGGAAUUGCAGUUGACCAGUACAAAAGACUCUCGAAUGGUUCCUCCAAAGACACAGUGUGAUGUAACUAGUUAUGAGCUACAUCCCAAGUACACUUUUCUGAGUCACAAUAUAGGAGUAAUGGAAGUGAAGUGUGGAGGCAUCCAUCGAUCGUUGACACGAAAUACCUUAAUGAGUGAUGUGAAAAAUGGAGAUUAUCUAACACUUGUAGGAGUUGAUAAGUCUCUACAGAAAGUGAACGUUCGCAUGAAGCUGCAAAAGUGCAGGGUAUGUCAAAAAGAAUACGCAGUGUUUGAUUGUGGGCGACAGAUAUGUCUCAAGCCAGUAGGAAAAGACAUCGAAAAGUUGCAAACAAUUGAGGGUCUUCCAGGGGCCGCUAUAUUCAACGAGAACAGUGAGCUGGUGGGCAUCUUGUCUUAUGGAUUCGCCACCGGUAGCUUUGUCGCAGAAAGCAUACGUUACUAUAAAAUGUUUCUGGAGAAGGCGAGGCAAUCCUUCUACACCGAUAACAGUGUUGUAGAUCAGGGGUCGGCAGCCAUUUCAAUAUAAGGAACCCCGCAGCUAUAGUAAAAUUGUAAGAUGAGGGCAAGAAAAACGAUAGUGCAGUAGGCAAUAGGUAUUAAAUAUAGAGUUGACGACAGUUUUAUGAUCGAAAAUCAGUUUUAUGAUCUAUUUAAUACUUGUAUGUGUAUGUAUUGCUUCGAAUUACGAAUAUUUAAGGCAUUUUUGGCACGUAAUAUU